GCGGCGGCGGCGGCUCCUGGUCCUCACUCCCUCGGUCCUUCCCUCCCUCCUUCCCUUUCCCGGCGGGCCUGGCCGCCCAGCGGGACAGGCGGGCGGCUGCCAGGCAUGGCGCUGACUGUGGAUGUGGUGGGGCCAGCCCCUUGGGGCUUCCGCAUUAGUGGAGGCAGAGAUUUCCACACACCCAUCAUCGUGACCAAGGUGACAGAGCGGGGCAAGGCUGAGGCAGCAGAUCUCCGGCCUGGCGACAUCAUCGUGGCCAUCAAUGGAGAGAAUGCAGAGGGCAUGCUACAUGCUGAAGCUCAGAGCAAGAUCCGACAGAGCGCCUCACCCCUACGACUGCGGCUGGACCGGUCCCAACCUGCCUUUCCUGGGCAGACCAAUGGGGAGGGCUCCUUGGAAGUGCUGGCAGCUAGAUUCCAGGGCUCCCUGAGGACACGCCAUGACAGCCAGUCCUCCUGGAGACCUGCCUAUUUCAGCCCAGCCUCCCUCAGUCCCAGGCCAGGCAGUCCUUUCUCCACACCACCCCCAACCAGCCCACUUGCUGUUUCCGGAGAGGAUGUAAUUGGCUGUAGUUUCCAGAGUCUGACACACUCUCCAGGCCUUGCUGCUACUCAUCGCUUGUCCCACCCGGGCCACCCCACCAGCCAACAGGCCGGACACAGUAGCCCAAGCGACUCCGCAGUGAGGGUGCUGCUACAUUCCCCAGGACCUCGGUCCUCCAGCCCCAGGUUCAGCAACUUGGACCUGGAAGAAGACUCAGAGGUAUUCAAGAUGCUGCAGGAGAACCGCCAGGGACGAGCCGCCCCGAGACAGUCCAGCUCCUUUCGGCUCUUGCAGGAAGCCCUGGAGGCUGAGGAGAGAGGUGGCACACCUGCCUUUGUGCCCAGCUCGCUGAGUCCCCAGGCCGCCUUGCCCACCUCCAAGGCCUCGGCCACCCCACCCAAGCUCCACACCUGUGAGAAGUGCAGUGUCAACAUCUCGAACCAGGCUGUCCGCAUCCAGGAGGGGAGGUACCGACACCCUGGCUGCUACACCUGUGCAGACUGCGGGCUGAACCUGAAGAUGCGCGGUCACUUCUGGGUGGGCGAUGAGCUGUACUGUGAGAAGCAUGCCCGCCAGCGCUACUCAAUGCCUGGCGCGCUCAGCUCUCGGGCCUGAGCCUCAAGGUGCUCAGCCUGUCUGUGCUCUCAGGCUCUGCAGACACAGGACCAUACCGAGAGCAAGCAGGGAGGGGGUGAUGGCAGGUGAUGGCUCUUCCGUGAACUAAGGCUGGGGAGACCCCUUUGUCCUUGCUGGGUGAAGCCAAGGCUUGGGACUAGUCUCAGGCUGCCAGUGCUGAGGACAGUUUCCACUCUCUCUGGCCUUUCUCCUGCAGGCCAGGUAUUGCACUGCAGUCUGAAAUGGCCACUCCAUUUGACAGGUUUGUGUACAGGGUUGGGCGCAUAUGGAAGUAUCUAGAAGGGCAAGGUGGGCCUGAGGUUAAUGAUAUUUACGGUGUAAAGUUUUUGACGUAUGAACUCUAUAUACAUGUGGAUAAAACCAA